ACCCCACCAAAAGUGGUGACUUGUGAAGUAACUUGGCUUCCCAUCAUCAUCACGAUCGAUGGACAUAAUUUUGAUGAAAAGCUUGAAGCUCAUCAUGGUUGAAGCGCAAUCAUGGUCAUGAUACAAUAUUUAUAUCCUUUUUCUACUCUGUGAUUAUUGUCAUUUCUACAAUGAGUACAAUCAAUCGAUCGAAAUGGAAGCCGACAGCGAAGUGUUUCGGGUGCGCGUCGACUUGCGGCGGGUGUGCAGCGACGAGCGGUCGCGGGUGGUGCUGGGCGUGCCUCGCGGCGGGCGGGGCCGCGUGCGCUGGCUGGCGCGGCGGGUGCGCGCGCUGCUGGCCCGGCCCGCCGCGCGCCUGGCGCUGCUGCUGGACGGACACCUGCUGCCCGAGACCGAGCCGCUGGCGCUGCUGCGGCCCGGCGACGAGCUCACAGUGAUACCAGUGCAGGGAAAGUGGGAUCCAAGUGGGGAGGAGGGUGGUUGGAGUAGUGGCACUGAAGCAGACUCUACUCUGGCUUCACCUCCUCACAAGCGCACUCGGAAUGACACUCAAGAGAAGGAAGAACUACUGCGGCGUGAGAAAAUGCGAGCUCUGGAACUGCUGGAUGCUGUGUCUGCAGCCCCUCUAGUACCUGCUGCAUCACCACCAGCAGACAUCGUAGCCGCUCCUCCGGAACCCAUAGAACCACCCCCUCCAGCGGCCAUCCUACCAGCUGCCGAGCCUGACCCUCUCCCACUUGCACCAUAUGCAAUGGACCAAGUGCCCACAAAUGAGCCCCUGCCAAGAGUACGCGCGCGCCGCCGUCGCAGACGACGAAGGCCACUGCAACCUGAAUGCAACUUGAUUCAGGAUAGCUCCAUGGAUCAAGAACAAGAGGCUUCAGAAGAUUCUUAUGGUUCAAACAUGCAACAGCAUGAAGGUGCAGUAUUGCCCAAGUCUACCUCCGCAAAAGCGGUUUCAGAGGAUAACAUUAUUAAUACACUACAAGCUGAAGAAUCACGAAACAAAAAGGUAGUGUUUCACGACGCUGGUGACGAUUCUGGUGACCCCACAAGCCCACGUGAUUGCCCAGAUUCAAUAGACUUCACAAACGCACCUAAUUGCCCAGAUGCGCGAGACCUCAUGACCGCCCGUGUCUGUAUAAAAGCCAAUGAAGGCACAGCUCCGGCUCCCUCCAAAGAUUUCGGUGAAGUGCUGCAUCCCUCAGCCUCGCUGGACGUGCCCGACGGCGCGGUGGCGGCGGCGGCGGCUGCCAGGAGUGCGCGCCGUGGCCGAAUUAUUCACGCUAUUGACUCAUCAAGUUCUUGAUCUAAUUUUUAGGUAUUUUUUAAUAAAAUAUUAAAGUUUUUGUAA